AUGGCAGCACUGACCUCCUGUCCAGCCUCCUCUCUCAGCAGAUCACGUAUCGCUGGAGUGGCCGAGACAAUACUGAAAUUGGUACCUGAUAGCAAGACUGCCAUGACUAUCGUGGAGACUCAGGUUUCAAGUCUGGUCGACACGUUUUCCGGACUGGUUGACCGUCGAUGCAGCAGUUAUAUCGCACCGGAAGAGUCUGAACUCGUGCUGGCAGGCGGGCUGAUGAAGAAUGAGAGAGAUCGGGAAGCUCUGCAACAACGAUUCGAUCAGCGGGGCUGGUGUUUCUGGAGAGUCCAUGUCAUAGACGAUGUUGUUGCAGCAGCUCAAAGGCUGAUAAUUCAGAAAAGAUCGCAGACUCGAUGUUGA